AUGGCAGCGACUUCUGAACGUGCAGACAAUGGGCGGCUAAGGCAGCUCGUAUUGGUCUUUUGUGCUUGGAAAGUACUCCUUCUACUUCUUGCAGCCUACUGCCCGGGCCCCGGAUAUGAUACCUCGGCCCUCAUCUCCCUUGACAAUGGCAACAAUCGACAUGACCACUUCGACACCUCUCCACGAUACUACCGUCUCGCUUUGAACCUUUUCCGGUGGGACGCUCUGUACUUUGUCAAGGGUGCUGAGCGAGCCAAAGUUCAUGAGCAGGAAUGGGCGUUUAGCUGGGCGUACUCACGGGGUUUCAGCGUCCUGGGACAAUAUAUUUCUGGCGGCACGGCAUGCUCGUCGCAGUGCUACGUUUGGGCUGGGAUCGCCGUGUCCAAUGUCUGCCACCUCCUCUCCGUACUGGUUCUGUAUCGUCUCUUGUCCGUAAUUGUGGGAAAGCCACAACAACGUCGCCAUACCGCUUUUGUUGCAUCUGUCUUACAUGUUUUGACGCCAGCCUCUCUCUUUCUCUCUUCACCAUACGCCGAGGGCUUAUUCUCCUUGCUUAACUUCACCGGGAUGCUGUGUUACGCGCAAUCAAGAGCCACAAGUCAAGUUGGAAGUCCGACACUCUAUGAAGACUUUCUCAAGCUGAGUUCAGGCUUGUUUUUUGCUUCCGCCACGUUGAUGAGAAGUAACGGCUUGUUGAGUGGCUUGAUCUUGAUGUACGACGUUGCGCGGUAUAUACCCCGCAUAAUCUCAAUGCAGGUCAAUCUGCAUGACAUGAGAAGAGUCUUUGUCACAUGUGUGUCAGGCAUGUUUGUUGCACUUGGAUUUAUCGGGCCUCAAUAUCUAGCAUAUCUGGAGUUUUGUAGCCAAGGCAUUGGUUCCACCACCAGACCAUGGUGUGCGAGAAGCGUCCCGAGUAUCUACUCGUGGGUACAAAGCUACUAUUGGGAUGUAGGACUUUUCCGAUACUGGACUCUCUCAAACUUGCCCCUUUUCUUACUAGCAGUACCAAUGCUGUGGCUGCUGGUGGCGUCCAGUGUAACGGCACUGCGCGACUGCUUUCGCCAGCCGUUGCAUGGGCAUUCUGUACCCCAGACUACUGUAACCCGCGACCCCGAUGGUACAUCUUCCACGUACAAUCUUCCAGAGCUGGCAUUGCCGCAGUUGGUAUUGGCUGUCGCCGCAGCUACCAGCUUCCAUGUUCAGGUCAUCAAUCGUAUCGCUUCCGGAUAUCCAAUUUGGUACGUCACAGUCGCUACAUGGCUCCUGAAUGAGCAGUCGGCCCAUGACGAAAAGAAAACCCGACGUCAAGGCCAAUGGGCUGUUCGUGGCAUGAUCAUGUAUGCCAUGAUUCAAGGCAUGCUGUUUGCGAAUUUUCUCCCUCCAGCUUGA